AUGGAGAUUUCAAACAUUCAAGAGGUACUGACAGUGGCGAAGGCGGUGGAGGACAAGAUCGAUGAUGAGCUCGCGGCGAUGAAGCGGUUGGAUUUGGACGAUAUGGAGGUUCUCAGGGAGCGGCGGCUGCAGCAGAUUAAGAAAGGGCGGAGAAGAGGAGGCACUGGGCCAUUUUUACCGCGAGAAUUGGCCUUAAAAGGUAACGGGCUGUCUCGAAUGGCGUGCCUUGAUUUCUGUGAAAUUGGCUGGGUCGUGCUCUGGUUAGCUCGUUCGUUAAAUUUGAAAACUGGGGAUCAUGAUUCUAUUGAAAUUAUGUCGAAUGCGAUUGAAGAGGGUAACUGGAAGUUUGGUAUGCCAUUUUACGGGGUUGUGAACAAGCAUUUGGCUAUUCUUGCAAAGCAACAUAUCGAGACACGUUCUUUGAAAAUCAAUGCCGAGAAAAGUCCAUAUUUGAGUGAAAAACUCCUGAUUGUUGUUCUCCGGACCCUUGCAAUUGUGGGUUUUGACGAGCUUGGGGCCAUAGAUGACUUCAGCACAAAGGAAUUAGAAGAGAGGUUAGCUACAGCAAAGGUCAUCUUUUACGAGGAUGAAUCCUCAUUCAACGCAUCCAAAUCUAUAGCCCCGACCAAGAGCGUUCGGCAAGGCUCGACUUCAUUUUCAUCAGACUCUGAAUAG